AUGAAGAAAUCUCAGGUGCUUCCGACUACCGAAAGGUCCCGAGUUUUCUCUGGCAGAGGGUCCGCACCCAUGAUGCUUAAGGUCCUUUUACACUCAGUAGAGAAUAUCAUAGUGUACGCAAACCAGGCAUUAAACACAACAGAUUAUGAGGAGAAAGAAAAGAAUGCAACAAGAUUUCUUCACAAACUGUAUCAUGGCUAUGGCUAUGGUGUAGGUCUGUUUCUUGCCAAAGAGUACCCGGCAUAUGAUAAACAAGUUUUUCCAUACAAGAUGGGCAACUGUCAAGUGGGUAACUUUGGCUUAGCAACAUCUUAA